CGCUGAGGCUGUCCAGUCGGACUCCGCCGAUGGAUCAGCACGAGUACUACUCGAAUACGAGCUGUCGUGUGGAUUUUCGCGUCAUCGUGAAUAAGCCCUCGUUAAGAUCCUCUUUACACGGCAGAAAAAGCUGUCGCCGCCCUGAUAUCCCUAGUCCCGUUCUCGCGACGUUUGACGUGUAAAGAAGGCCUGUAUCCGGGGAGUAAAAGAGUGAGUGAACAAAUUCAUUGUGCCGCUGCCCCAGGACCAACCUAGGCCUACCGUGGACCCCAGAACACAGACUAUACACAGGUUCGCAGUGGUCUUUCUCGUCCGCUUCACCGCCCUUCGUUCAAUCAGUAACAUUCCGCCAUGUCGCCUGAGGACGACAAAGAGUCCCCAGAAAAGGCGUUCGCCGGUAAUACUAGCCUUCAUGGAUUCAACAGGAUCGCCAGCUCUCCGGGCGGCUCCCCCCGGGUCCUGUGGGUGAUCGCCAUACUCGGCUCCUACACUGGCUUCGGGUACAUGUUCGGCAGCAUGAUGGCCUCCUACUUCAAGUACGACACCAUCACCGACACGACGUUGGAGUUUGCCGAUGAGUUACUAUUUCCGGCGGUCACAAUCUGCAACAUGAACAAGUUUGACUCUGACAAGCUGCAGGUGGCGGACUGGUCGUACCUGUCCCUGUUCCUGUACGGCAUACAGGCGGACAUCCCCACCAUACUGGCAUUAGGCGUGCCGCUCGAUGAAACCGUCAACAGCACUAUGACGGGCGUAAAAAUUGAGGACCUCGUCUUGGCAAAAGGUUUCAACGUUUCGCCGAAUCGCAUGUCGCUAUGCUGGUGGAGAGGCACUAACUGCAGUGAGCGGAACUUCACCCACUCCUUCGGUCACUACGGAAACUGCUACACGUUUAACGCAGACGCGGACAACCCGCUGAAACAGACCAUGCCGGGGGCUGUCAACGGGUUCAUGGCGUUCGUCGACAUUAAAGAAGACAAGUACACGGAGAGUUUCCUGGUUAGCGGGAAUGCCGAGGUCGGGCUGAAGCUCCUGGUUCACGACCCGCGGGAGCCGCCCAUGAUGGACACCCAAGGCAUCGCCCUCGCGCCCGGCAACCACGCCUUCAUCGCCAUCAAGCAGAUAUUGUACGAGAACCACGUCCCUCCGUGGGGGGUCUGUAAGGACCUGCAGCUGGAGUAUUACGACACCUACACGCUGAACGGCUGCUAUCUGGAGUGCAGGAGUAAACACUUGGUUCGGAACUGUAGCUGCAGGCCGUACGACCUACCGGGAACAGCGCCAUCUUGCGACCCAAGGACGAUGUUCACAUGUGUCAGAGCUGUCCUGGCACAGGUGAUCACGGGAGACCUGAAGUGUGACUGUCCUGUACCCUGCAGAAUGACGUCAUACAGCACGUCCCUGUCCUUCGCGGGAUUUCCCAACAAACACACAAGGGAAUACCUCUCCCCGCUGCUGGGGAUGGAGCCAAGCUACAUGGGGGACAACGGGGUCGUCUUCAGCGUGUUCUACGAGAAAUUGAACUAUCAAAAAAUCAGGCAGCUGAAAGCCAUGGAAGAAGGACAGCUGGCAAGUAACAUAGGCGGGAUGAUGGGGCUGUUCCUGGGCGCCAGCGUGCUGUCCCUGCUGGAGGUGUGUGAGUACCUGCUGAAGCGGCCCCUGGGCUUCCUGGGGAGAACUCGGCACGCCAAGGUGGUCCAUGUUCAACCGCAGGAAACCAAAGUCAGC